UUAUACAAUUUAAAUAAACGUAUUUUACAAUGCCUAUCGAUUGUCAAAGAUCUACUUCCGGGGGUAAAGGGAACGCAGGCUUCUUCAUAGAGAGGGACCCUAAGGUCUGCGCUGCCGGCAUCCCCACCGCGCAGCCCGACGAGAAGGCCUCCCAGUCCCUCCAACACUACCUACUGAAGGAUGAAGCGGACUCCCUUCUUAGUGACGCCGUCCACCCGCCGCCACCUCCGAAACCUUUACCCCCUCUCAGACACCCUCCGAAGCUAGACAUGCGAAAUGCUUACCACGGACUUGUAGCCCAACUUAUCAAUCCACCCCCACAAACGAAGUACCAAGUCGUAGCCGACAAUCUAAAAGAUACCGUGUACGCUUCUUACUGGACGAAGAGUCUCGCGCAGUCGAAGGACCCAGUACCUAUGCUCCCCGAGGGCUUCGAUAUAGAAAACACUACAUUUGGCAAGAAGACCAAGUAUCAUGGAAGUUUGUACGACAUUGUCAUGCCUAAAGUUCCUUUACCUGACAAAACUCGGCCCGCUAAACAGUUAGCUGUCCAAACUGACAGGAAUUAUUGCAGGCCGCCUUAUAACCCGGAUUUAAUAUACGGACAUAAAACAAAUGUUGAUAAAAGAGGCAGGUACGCUAAAUGCUGUCUCACCGACGAUAAAGUCACCAUUGGUACGAGCGGCCGCGAUAUUGUUAACAGUGUUUUAGCCGAUUACCAGGAUUUUUCACAGUCCAGAUUAGGACAAGCUCUAACACCGUAUAAUAAUAUUAAUGAACUUCCUGAAGGACACGCUUUCGGUAAGCUCGGUCGUCCCGGCAGCGUCGUGGAAUGUUUAGCCAACUGCAAAAUUAACCCAGAGAAGGAAUACUUUAAGAAAUGCUUUACCCAUCUUAAUAAACUUAGAAAGAUGCUAUCAACUCGCUACUUACCUACUUUCUUCGGUAAUUUCUAUUUGGGGCUCAAAUUCUUUGAUAAAGAACGCACAGGAUGGCUUCCGAAAGACGUAGUUUACAAGUACGCUGGUACAAAAUUCAUCAGAUUCGACGCAUCUUUACUAGAACCUUUACUCUUACUCUGGAACGCUUUCGACGGGGAACAGGUUGAGUACAAAACUUUCGUCCGGGCCUUAAACUACACAAUACCAUCCGCAGAAACACCAAAGCUGCCCGACUUCCCUGACGUGUGCAUAGAUUACAGAACGACUUACACUGAGAUGGUGAAGCCAGGUCAGCCCCCUGACUGCUCGCCCAUGGCGGGGCUUCCAUCUGGAAGGUACUUCGACUUGGAUUACCCGAUAACUCCAGAGUACUACUCGAGAGCUGAUAGAGCGUUGCUUCCUCAGGAGACGGAUAUGAAAGCCUGCGUGAACCCCAGUGUUAUGACGCUGUUUCACGUGAAUCAUAGAGAUAUGUACGCGAAACGAGAGCCAGAACUAGUUCGGAGAGUUUUCGAGAAGGCUGGGGAACAGUUUACUGAUGAGAGUUUUAAGAAUAUUUGGGAAAAAGCACAGAAGUAUCACUCUCAGGGUUGGGUGUGUUUUGAGACGUUUAGACGCGUUCUGGAGGAGGAAAGACCAGCGGGCGUAGCACACUAGUGUGAUAAACUUUAUUGCAUCGGUGCGUCCUUAUCGUAGUGUCCCGUUCGUUCGUCCCGUAUCGUUUAUCACGCGACCAUCCUGGCCUGCCAGGUAUUAAGGAUUAGAAAAUUUUAUCUUGUCAUAUCAACUGAUCACGUCCCCAAUAAUCCAUAUUAUUUGCACUAAUUGAGGUAUUUGAUCGAUCGAUUAACCGACUAUCUAAAAUCGCAUAUCAUUUGUAGCAAAGUCUGUUAAAAGUCUCUAGAUAAAGACUAAUAUAGACGACGCUGUGUUAUUAAAAGCGAAUUUGCAGAUACAUAUCGAUUGAACUAAAAAUGUUGCCAAUUUUCUUUUUGAAAUCGUAUUCGUUUUCUAAUAAUUUAGUUUAGAAUUGUUUAUUAUUUGUAAAUUAAUUUACUUUUGACAGGUUUCAUUGUUACGUUAAUAUAAUGUUUCUUAAAAAUAUGUUAUUUUAUUGAACACAAUCUUUAAGCUAAAUAAAG